AUGCGGGAUACACAGUUUGAGUUCGUCAACAGCAGAGAUCAUGAUGGAGCCAGGCCGCUCCACAAGGCAAGCCGAGCCGGCUUGCCCCUAAGGAUGGCGAUCGGUCUCACCUUGAGGGAAUCUUCGGAACAUGCAGGUGGAAACGAUGACCCGACCCGAAUCUUCGCAUAUGGGAUUCGCCUAUGGAGAUAUCGGUGCCUGCGCGCUUUCGGAGGCAUUAUGAAAGCUCAAAGAGCUGUCUACACGACGAAUCCGAACGGGACAACUGGCACAGCUGAGCACGAACUCUGGUUCCAAAAGCCGCCUUUUUCGUGGAUAGGCAACCUUCAGGCAUCUUGUCAGUCUCAGGCGUUGAUGUUAGGCUCGAACUACAUGACGACGCACCUGGGCUUCUCGUACAACUUAGUAUCCCUUUCUCAACAGGACUCGAACAACAAGACCAUUCAAUCACCAGGGGCCCCUUACCUGAACAGCACCCUGCGAGAAUGUGGGGUGGGAUCGAUACAGGUCUAUCCUACUAGGAAAGACACGUCUCUAACAUCGGCCAACUCAUGGACAUGGGGCGACACUUAUGCCGCGGCCAAUGUUUCUUGCAUCAUCCCUGGUCCCAAUGCUCCAGUGACAGCCUCGUUCCAAGUUCAAUAUGUCCGGCCUUCUGGCAUUGUUAGGAACUUCUUGAGUCUCGACAACCGCACUGAUUCUAGUCAGUGGUGGGGGGCAAUGAUCAUAGAUCGUACCUGGUAUUCACUUGCAGAGUUCUUGGGCACGGAAUAUGUACCGGAACAUGAUGAUCAGCCCGCCAUUCGAUAUGACAGUGGGGAUUUCACUCUGUUUCAUAACGAGACGAACGCUUCGAACGUCAGCUCCGAUGAUUUCUUCUACAUUACCGGAAAGUUCUACGCCGAAGAUUCGUUAGUAUACAUGGCAGUCAACGAGAAUAAUUGGGACCCAAUUCUUGUAUCGCAGAUGAACGACACAGGUCUCGCCACUGCGGUUGAUGGUUUCGCAAAGGCCUUCUACUCGUCGGUUUUACUGGAUCUGGGCAGCGCCAGCCCACUUACGGAUGGGAAUUCCAUCACCUAUCUUUUAUCGCAGAGGAACGUUGGUGUACUCGGCAUCCCGAGUGCAAAAGCCGUGAAUACCCUCAAAGAUGAGAUGGCACCUCUGAACUCAACAGCAGCACAAUUGUCUCUGCAGUAUGUGUGCUCUGUCCCGAAGCAGAAGGACAGAGCCUCAAUGGUGGUAUCAAUCAUCAUCGCCGAUUUGGUGCUGUUGUCAGCUUUCUGGCAGUGCCUGAACUGGGCGGCCACAAAGUGGCUGAGCACGCAAUCCCAGCAAUGGAAUUAUUGUCCGGGGUGUGAACGUAAUGCGGAGGACUGGAAAUUUGGGCCGGCUUCCAAGACGGAUGACGAGUCCGUGCAGCUUGUGCUGCAAAGACCGGACGAAAGCCGGGUGGGAAACUGGUGA